AUGGAUUUUGAUCUGAGCAAAGAAAAUAUUCAACCCCUUCGUGGGGGUAGGAAUGUUCAACAACUCGGAAUGGCUCUGCAAGCUCAGACAAACAGAGAAUUGCAGAUGGAAUUGUUACAACAAAAGGAGGAAUUUGAGAAUCUGAUAAGGACAUACACUGGAGAUGAUCCUCUAGAAAAUCAUUAUAAUUUCAUCUCUUGGGUAGAACAAAGCUACCCCAAACAUGGCCAUGAAGGUAAUGUAACUCCUUUACUAGAACACUGCCUAAGUCUUUUUGAGAGGGACAAGAGGUAUACAAAUGACAGAAGGUUUUGUAAACUAUGGAUUAAAUAUUUUGACUUGCAACAGAACCCAUUGGAACUGUAUCAAAUGCUGAGGGCCAAAGGGCUGUGCAUUGGUUGUGCAGACUUGUACAAGGCAUGGGCAUACUAUCAUGAAGCUGCUGGAGAUUUUCAGUCUGCCAAUAAUGUGUUUGAAGAGGGCAAACUCAACUUGGCCCAGCCCUAUGAGGAAUUGGAAAUGGCACACAAAAAUCUCAUUAUGGCAGCUGGCCAACAUUGCAUCUUCGGCAGGGACGAGUCCCGCCUGGACGAGAAACGGCACGCCCUCACCUCGUUGCACACCUACCGCCCCGGCAGGGUAGGCAGCGUGCGAGUCCCCGCCCCGUACGCCCCGCCCACUCUACCGUCUACGCAUGCUCCGCCCUCCCGCGCCAACGCCCCCGUGCCGGUGUUUGACGAUGGGGGCGUGUCCGGGGGCGGGGCACAGGCGGUCGGGCCUGCGAGCAUAGUGGGGGCGGCGCGCAGCCAGGCGGCGCGGAAGGAGAACACGUUGAAGGCGGGGCCGUGGACGACGGUGCCGGCGAAAAGGAGGGUGGUGGGGGGCGGUAGCUCCGCCCCCGCCUUCACAGUCCACGAAGACAACCUAGACACCUACACGGAACCGGAGGGUCUCCGCUUGCCCAAGAAUCAUCCGAAGCAGACCCUUGAAGACUACUCCGACUGGAAGGUCAGCAUCAAGUACAUGGAGCCCCCUAAUCCCGCCUCCAUCCCCAUGUACCCCAAAGAUAGGGUGUACAUCGACCCGAACACCGAAUACAGCAUCGAGGAGCUGAGAGCCCACAGGUACCGACAAAAGGCGCGAGAAAGACAGCUGUUGCAGCAACAGUUCCAGCAGCAACAGCUUCAGCAGCAGCAGCUCCAGCAGCAGUUUCAAGAGCAGCAGCUCAUGCAUCAGCAACAUGAACCGAUCGAGAUUUUUGACGAUGUUGAAUUGAUGCAGGAAUCUAUGCAUGAGGAUAGAAACGAAGUAUUCCAACGAUCCUUCCAGCCCCCCGACCCCUUCCAUCGUUCGAUGGAAGUCCACCAAGCUGCUCUUUCGCCCCCUUCCUACGAUCCCCGGGUCUCCACCACGAAUUCGCUCCAGAAGUCGCCGCAUAAUUCACUGCAGAAUUCGCUACAGACGUCGCUACAGAAUUCGCUACAGACAUCGCUACAGAAUCCGCUGCAGAACUCGCUGCAGACGUCGCUACAGAAUCAGCUGCAGAAUUCGCUGCAGACGUCGCUGCUGCAGCACGACGCCACGGUGACGUCCGGCGUCGAAAGACAGACGCCGCAGCGCGGGGCUGGAAGACACGGUUCCUUUUCGUUGUGGGCCAAGAGCCCCGCGAAGAACAACUUUGAUUUGUGGUCGUCGCCGCAGCCCGAGGCGAGGCCUCCGGCUGACGGGUUUGUCGUGUUCGAGGAGAGCAUGCAAGAGGUUCAGCCGAAAGGCCACGCCAUGAAGACGGCCUUCAAGGUGCUGAACGCCGACGAGCUGGCCGAGACCGGCUCCAGAGGCGGCAUGGAUGUGGCGGAGACGGCGCACGCGGGCGACAGCGCCAAGCCGAUGCCGCUCUUCGCCGACCACGCCUCCCCCUCCUCCUCCUCCCCCUUCGAGGAGGAGGCGGCCGGGGGCGGGAGAGGAGGAGGCGGCGGGGGGGAGUUGGAGGACACGUUCAACACGUACGCGUUCAACUUCAAUCUGAACGCGAUGCAGGUGAGCACACCACAAAACAAGGGCCCAGCACUGAAUACUCAUCCAAAUGAAGAGGAAUUGGAACACAGUAGGAAGCAACUUUUCAUAGAGCCUAAGACGCUUAGUACAAUUUUUGAGGAAACCAAAAGUGAUGGCUCUUCUCGUUCCAGCGGCUCGAAGUCCUCCACCACCUUCCACUCCAACCAGCAGCACGCCACCACCAAGAUGGGCGCCAUCUCCGAGGAGCACACCAACUACCUGGCCGAGAACAUGCAGGCGAACGCCGAACUGCGGUCCAGCCUGUUGGCGCUCAUGGACGUCGGGACGUCGCACUCGCAGGCCGAGAUGGCGCCGGAGGUGCAGCCUGUCGGAGAGGUCACCGUGCCAAUGCUAGGCAGCCCUUUCGGCAGCCCGAGCAGGGACUUCCCGCCGCCUGCGGUGGUGGCGCCCAUCGAUUACGCCCCCUCGGAUCCCUUCAAACCGAAUCUCAUCAGCCACCUGCUGGAGCGAGUGAACUUUCCGGGGCCGCACACCUACGGGUACGUCGAGGUGCCCUGCCUGCCGAGGAUAUGCAUGAGGAAAGACCACUUCAAUAUUGGUGAAGAGAGAUAUAUCGUAGACAAACAAUUGGGCAAAGGGACCUUCGGAACGGUCUUCAAAGCUUUAGAUAUAGACAGCAAUGUUCAUGUGGCGCUAAAAUACCAAAAACCGGCGAACAAAUGGGAGUUCUACAUCUGUAGGGAGCUGCAAGCCAGGUUGGCGGGACAUCCUCUCAGGGACAGGUUCAUGGAUGUUUCGAAAGGAUAUUUCGGCGAACAAGUGUCCAUCCUGGUGUCCGAGUACAUGCCGGGCGGCUCUCUCCUCGACCUCGCCAACACGCACAAACUCAAGACCGGCAAGAGCAUGAAAGAGUGCCUCGUCAUCUACUUCUGCGUGGAGAUGCUGCGCAUCAUCCAGGCGAUGCACGAAGCGCGCAUCGUACACGCCGACAUCAAGCCCGACAACUUCCUCGUCUUCGUGCAGCCCGACAACACGGUGGGGCUGCAGCUGAUCGACUUCGGGUGCAGCAUCGACAUGUCGCUGUUUCCUGCGCAUGCGCGGUUCACGCGCAAGGUCACCACUGAGGAUUUCGUCUGUUGCGAGAUGCUGGACGGCAGGCCGUGGAGCUACCAUACGGAUUUGUUUUGCGUGGCGGCGACGGCGCAUGUGCUGCUGUUCGAGUCGUACAUCAAGUUGCGGAAGAAGGACGGGUUGUGGUCGAUUUUGCAGCGGUUCAGCAGAUACCUCAAGGUGGACCUGUGGAACAUGUUCUUCAGCAACCUGUUGAAUCAGCAUACGGGUCCCGCGGAUUCGGCAACGUUGCAGCUGAUCCUCCAAGAGACUUUGGAUUCUUUGAACAGGGAUUCGAGUACGGCGUUGCCGACGCAUAUGCGGACGGUAGUGAAUUUGCUUAAAAAUCGAUAG